CAGGUGCAAACAAAAGACCACGUUAAAAGAAAAAAAUGACCAGUGAUAAGGAAGAAGUGGAUGAAAGGGCAGAUAACGUUUCAAAGGACACUUGAUAAUGGAGGUUGAGUCAGUGACCAUAUGACUGAACUGCAACACUCUGGUACAAUUAGGUUGUAGGAUGCGGCGCGUGACUAGAUUUACACCGGCGCACAUACAUACAGUAUGUAAUGGAGGGAAGCCGGGGGGUUGCCCCACAACAACCGUCAUGCGGAAAUUAUUUGUGUGAGGAGGCGCAUGGAUGAGCGUUUCUAUGCACAAACCUGAGCAUGUUAGGGGGGGCGCAAUAAUAUGAAUAGAGCAGACAAAGAAUGGGAGGGAAGAUGUAACAUUCACAGACACACCAGUCUCUCUCUCUCUCCCCCUCCCUCGUGUGUUUAGUCCCAUUAAGGGGAGGGAAUGGGAGCGCAGCAGUGAGAGAUCAGUAGCUUGAGGAUCACUGGUAGCGGCUCCGGACAAACAUGUCCGUCCCACGGCAUCAAGCGGAGUCCUUAGUCUCCAUCCCAGCAGUGCAGGCAGCGACUCCCCGGCUACUACUCGCUGCCACUCUCUGCUCCUGAGGCAGGAGGAGGAUCAGGUAUCGUGCUCCCUGAAUCGUCAUCAUUAAGUGCCAGAAGAACCAGAGCAAAACUGAGCCAUGAAACCAAACUUGAAGCAAUGGAAACAAUUCAUGCUAUUUGGUAUCUGUGCAUGGGGUCUCCUGUUCCUCGUCAUCUUUGUUUACUUUACGGACAGCAAUUCUGUAGAACCUGUACCAAGUCCUUUCUCUUAUGUAGAGUCUAAGAAACAUUUACCAAUUCAGGGUAAGCAGCGGGCCAUAAUGGGAGCACAUCAAGAUCAAUCAUUCUCUUAUGCUGUUGAUGACCAAGAUUUACUUAAAGAAGGCAUUUUAGAUUCCUUUAUUCUGGGCCCAGGUAGUAUGAAAAAGAUGGCUGGUGCAGGGCAUUAUUUUGAAAGUGAACAAGAAUUUAUUAUGUCAGAAAAAGUCAAAAGUCCAGUUCAUAAUAAUCGUGAAAAUGAUGAUGAAUUCUAUAUACACAAAAAUAUGGCUUCAGUUUCUGGAAAGAAGGCUUCAGCAUAUGGUAAAAGGUAUUAUCGUGAAGCACAUGUACAGCACAAAAAAUUCCGAAGGAAUAUUCAACGCAAGAGACAUCAUAUGAUUGAAGACUCUUAUGACUGGAAUGGAUUUUCAUCAUCAAUGUCCAAAUCAUUUCUUCAGAAACUGUGGAAGGGUAAUGUCUCGUCCAAAAUGUUGACUCCACGUCUACAGAAAGCUAGACGAGAGUACCUCAGAGCUAAUAAACUUGGUGUUAGCUUCAAUGGCAAACAGAACUCCAAGAAACUGAAUCCGCAAGAACUUCUUUGUGUCCUCAAAGAUCGUGCCCAAGUUCAAACUUUGGAUGGAAAGGAGGCUCCAUUUUCAAAUCUUGGAUGGGAAAAGUAUUUUCCAAAAAUACCCCUGAAUAAAUUAUAUCCACGUGGCUUCUCAACCUGUGCAGUAGUUUCAUCGGCUGGAGCAAUAUUAAACUCCUCCCUUGGGGCAGAGAUUGAUUCUCAUGACGCAGUGCUGAGAUUUAAUUCUGCACCAACACGGAACUAUGAAAAAGAUGUCGGAAACAAAACCACGUUGCGAAUUAUAAAUUCUCAGAUUCUUACCAACCCAAACCACCAUUUUACUGACAGCUCCCUAUAUAAAGAUGUCACUUUAAUCGCUUGGGACCCCUCUCCAUAUUAUGCAGAUCUUCACAUGUGGUACCACAAGCCAGACUACAACCUAUUCCCUCCGUACGAGAAACAUCGUAAAAGGAAUCCGGACCAGCCCUUUUAUAUUCUUCACCCAAAAUUCACAUGGGAGCUGUGGAAGAUAAUUCAGGAGAACAGCGACGAGAAAAUACAGCCCAACCCUCCCUCAUCUGGAUUCAUUGGUAUCCUCAUCAUGAUGUCCAUGUGCCAGACGGUGCACGUGUAUGAAUAUAUUCCUUCCUACAGGCAAACAGACCUGUGUCACUAUCAUGAACAAUACUAUGAUGCAGCUUGUACCCUGGGAGCCUACCACCCGUUACUGUAUGAAAAAAUGCUCGUCCAAAAGAUUAAUCAAGGGACAGAAGACAAUCUUCUGAGAAAAGGGAAAGUAAUAUUACCAGGAUUCAGCUCUAUACAUUGCCCAAUAAAGGAUCACAUUACAUAAGAUGGGGGGUGGGGUGCAUUGUUAUUAAAAAAAUCAUGUGCAAUAAUUUGCUACUGUUGAAAUGUCAACUAAAAUACUUGAAAAAAGAAUUACUGAGACCCAACGUAAUUGGUCUUUAAACUGAUUGGUGGACAUCUAAAUGUCUAACCGAGCCAUGGACGUAUAUAUAAUUGCUUUGCGAUGAGUAAAGCAAAGCUUAGCUGAUGGUUGAUGCAAGUUGGUGUUAUUUAGGCAGAAGUCAAUAUUCUAUUGUGGAUCAGAAAGGAAUUCUUUGGUUGGUUUAUAAUGUGCCAUUUUGUUAAACUAUUAUUAGGAAACAGUUCUCAUUUGUAUUGGUAGUAUACGUUAUAGCAAGCCUAGAGUAACUCAGCAGAUGCCCAUGUGACCUACUGUAGUUAUUGUUCAGAUGACCACCUGACCAAGUUUUUUUCACAGUACUAGUCAUUUGUACAUACAUUUUAUGUAACUGCUAGGUAGAUCAGGUUUGUUAGUCACUGUAGAGAAGUGGCAUAAAAAAGUACAUUUUAAAAAGUCCUAGUUUCCCCACCUUUUCUCCAUCAAUUAAAUCAUAUUUUAAGCAUGUUGUCGAAAGGAAGCACUGUGCUCUGGCUGUAUGAGCUGCUGUAGAACUGGGUGCAAAUAUGGGUGCAAAGGUCCAUUCAAGAACCGGCAGUAAACAUUUCUACCAAACAGUAGCAGUAAUAUGUUGCUGCUGUCUAAUGAAUGUAUUUUCCCAGCUAAUCUGUGAAGCCUCCUGUGUACCCUAAAAGUUUUUUUUAAUUCUUUUUAGACCAUCUUAAAUUUAUUAACACUACCUCUCACUUCACCCUAUAGAUAUGCUACAGGAUGAUCUGAAGGGCUAGUUUAAAGGAUCAGCAGAACCAAACAAUGAAAUGGUCCAAUUGAAUUAAAAUUAUUUUACCAUUUUGGAUUCAAGAGCUGGGCACAUAUUUAUUCAUAUCUUAAACAAAAUUGGCACCUGGUCUAUUGUGUUGGCUAUGAAUGCCCUAUAGGAUGAAAACAAAGGCAUUUUAAAACAAAAAUAUCACAAUUAUUGGGUUGUCGUCUCACUGCUGAUAGAUUGCAAGUAGGGGCCUUUAUUCUUCAGCUAUACAUUUGGGGCCUGACCCUUUGUAAUGUGGUAUUUAUUGCUCCAAGCUCUGAGCUUCAUAUACACUAACUCCCCAGCAUGUCUCUGCCUCAUUGUCUUAUGUUACCAUUUCUUUAAGCGGAAUAUUUGUAUUAAAAAACUCGUACAUAUAACCACAUUUUUUGUUUACAGAUAUUAAUAGAUUUCUAUCAUCUCAGGAAUCUAUGCUAUCUUCUCUGCUCUUUACAUGCACCAAGCAUUAAUACUUAAAUGUUUUUGAAAAUUAGCAAACUGCUACCUAGCAUGCCACCAUUCAAGUAGAGACAGUUUCUGAAGGAUUUGAGGAAAUUAUACUAAAUUCAAAUCAAGUACAGGACCUGACAGAAUGAAAAAGUCACACAAAACCCACAGGAACAGGAAAGAAAUAAUGUGCUGCACUCAAUUGCAAUAAAGAACCAUGGUGUAGGAUAAGCUGGACAUACUGUACUGCAUGGUAAGUAUUUUCAUUAGAAGUGGGCCAGGCAAACAUUCCAUUGAUGGGGGCAUCUCUCCUGCAACUGACACUGUGGGGCUGGGGUUGAGGAACAGUUAUUUUUGCAUUUUCCAGGUCCCUGCUGCAGCAAUUAUUUUGCUCACAAAUACGGACCUGGAAAAUAAAUGAUAUUCUGCCAUUUCAUGAGUGCAGUAGUGCAGGUUUGAAAGAAUGGAAAGCUAAUUGCAUGAUACCUAAGAACACUGUUCCUGUACAUCCAGGCUGGUAGAAUUGCUAAUUCUUAGUACUCACAAAAAUGUCUCCACUUGCUUCCUGUUAUCAGCAGUUACAACUCUGUGCAACACCAGUAUACCCAAUAAAGAGUUCAUUGACUCAUCUUGGUUUAGAAUGAGUUUUAUCAUUUAAACUUAAAUUAUAAUAAGAUUCACUGAGGUGUAAGGCCUCACAAAGAAAUAGAACUGGAUCAGAAAAUCAGAAUUCUAAAAGCCAAACUGUCAAUAUGGAAUGUAUAUAUAUAAUAAUGUUAUAUAUAUAUGUAGUAUAUAUAAACCCAGUAGGAUUAUUUUCCUACCAGUAUGAAUUCAUGCAGCUUAGUUACC